AUGGCGAUUAAAAAUAAAAAUAAUGGUUAUAAUUAUGAAGAUUUGAAAUAUAUAUUAAAACUGGUAUUAUUAGGAUUUGGAGCUUUUCUACUGAUUCUAGUUAGAUAUUGUCAUAAGGAUUUUCAUAGUGGAAAUAUAUUGCUAGAUAAAACCUUUCCUUACGUUUCAGAUUUUGGAUUAACAGGACCAGCAGAUAAGCAAAUAUCUAAUGACAAAAUAUAUGGAGUAUUACCAUAUAUCGCUCCAGAAGUCUUGAAUGGAGGAACAUAUACGUUAGCUUCUGAUAUCUACAGUUUUGGUGUAAUUAUGACUGAAUUAUCAACCGGAAAUCCUCCCUUUUAUGAUAGGAAACAUGAUGUGUCUUUAGCCUUAUAUAUUUGUAAUGGACUUCGUACAGAAUUUGGAAAAGGAACUCCUGAAGUUUAUAAGAAAUUAGCUUAUAGGUGUAUGAAUGCAAAUCCAAAUCAAAGACCAACAGCCGAAGAGUUGAGGGAUAUAUUGCUUUUUUGGCCUUGA